AAGGAGGGGGGCGGACUUUGACAGCUGAUUUUGAUGUAAUCGUCACAAGUGAAAUUCAUUGCUCGGGCAAAAAAGAAAAUUGUGAUCUCUCGCCAGACAAACUUGCCCACUUUCUGUUUGUGUUUUGUUCCUAGCCCUAGCCCUAGCCCAGACUGCUACAUUGUUAAAAGUGCUUCUAUCCCUCGAGCUCAGUGCAUCCGAAUAGUAGUAUGUCGCACCAAACUGGCAUCAAGGCAAACGCCGAGCUUCUGAAGUUCUUUGGCAAAUGCAAAGACGGAAAAACCCGGGUUCUGAAAGUUUCUAUUGAAAAUGAGGAGCUCCGGCUGGUAAGCCACAGUGAUGUGAAGCGAGACUGGGAGAAAGACUACGAUACGUUGGUGAGACCGCUGAUCGAGGAGAGCACGCCGUGCUACAUUCUUUACAGAUUGGACUACAAAAUCCCCACCGGGUACGCAUGGCUGCUGAUGAGCUGGGUGCCGGAAUCGGCCACCGUGCGACAGAAAAUGCUGUACGCUUCGACGAAGGCGACGCUCAAGCUGGAGUUCGGCUCCGGCCACAUCAAGGAGGAGCUGAACGCGACGUCCAAGGAGGAGACGACGCUGCAGGGCUACCAGAAGCACAAGGUGGACUUUAACACGCCCGCUCCGCUGACCAGCCGGGAGGAGGAGCUGGCCGAGCUGCGCAAAACCGAGGUGAAGACAGAUUUCGGCAUCGACACCAAGCAGCAGACGCUCGGCGGCAUCAACUGUCCGAUCGCGGACGCGGUCGCCCAAGCGCUGCACGAUAUGCGCCGCGGCGGCUACAACUAUCUGCAGUUUCGCAUCGAUCUCGAGGAGGAAAAGAUACACCUGGUGAAGGCGGACAACAUCGAGCUGACCGGGCUGCCGGCCCAAAUACCGACCGACCACGCCCGCUACCAUCUGUACAUCUUCAAGCACCACCACGAGGGCAACUAUCUCGAGAGCGUGGUGUUCGUGUACUCGAUGCCCGGGUACAGCUGCUCGAUCCGCGAGCGCAUGAUGUACUCCAGCUGCAAGGGCCCGUUUUCGGCGACGAUCGAAAAGCACGGCAUACAGGUGGCGAAAAAGCUCGAGAUCGAUAAUGGUGCCGAGCUGACCGAGGAGUUCCUGCACGAGGAGCUGCAUCCGCGCAAGCUGAACCUUCGGCCACAGUUCUCCAAACCGAAGGGACCGCCUAGCCGCGGUGCUAAAAGACUGACCAAACCACAGGCUGUUGAGUAAGGCGGAGGUGGCGGAGGUUGCGUGGAAGUGGACUAUGAUGCCGAUGCUAACGGUCCAUUGACAGAGCCGCGACCACACACUUUGUGAGCGCAAACUUCCACGCUUCCAACCCCAUAACAUUGCGCAGGUGCUAGUAGCUAGGAUCAUCCGACCUGCCGACGCACCCCCACCUUUUCAUCGCAUUUCGCAUCGCAUUGUGGCAAUACACUAUUAUGUGUGUUUUUGUUUUUUUGUGUUGUCUGUGUAGAAAAUAACUUAUUAAACCCCAUUUUACGUAGUUCAAAAAUGUGCAAAAAUAACAACGAACCAAGAGUACCGAUCGCGACACCCCCUACAAAAAGGAGACGAACGCAAUGAAGCCGAAACCGAACCGAUUUUCCGACGGGACGACCGUUACACUACAACCGUUGUACAGUAUCAAAAGUAUUAUAAAGUUCAGGCGCAAGAGGCAAGCAAAUGUUUGGGAUGGGAAUUAAACAAGGCAAGUGAAAAUUACGAAAUUGUCUCCCUCGAAUUUCUCGUUACAAAACAAAUACCAAAUGAACGGCGUGUAUCGACUGCUGGGUGGGGUAGCGUCCAAGAAACAAGCCGCUAAGCCGCGACAAGUAUACGGGCAUACCGUCGUUAAACGUGCAGCCAUCGCUUACAGGGAAGGCAUCAUCAUACUCAUCAUGGGUUAAAAUUGUACGAUUUUAGGUUCGAUAGCUCCGUAGCGAGCGCUUUGACGGUUUGAAUGUCCGCGUUAGUAUUUUGGAGAAAAAAAACUGCAUCGUAUCGUAUCGUAGAAUGGCUAUAAAUUAUGAGUUGUAAGGCGUGCUUUUACCACAAGCAACUACUUAUUCUGCCGUUUGCAAAUGCCAGCUCAAACCUAUCCAAUCAAACCCCUUCAUUAACAAUCGAACUGAAUAAAAUAUUAUAUUUUUCAAGAAACGAA